UUUUUUUUUUUCUUCAGACGAAAACGAUGAUGAUGCAUAGCGAUCUGGAGAGCGUCAGCUAUGUUCGCCAUGAUAUGCAGACCCGAACGAAAGCGGACUACCUCGUGCUCCCCCUCCUAGCCACCGGCUUCGCAACCUACCAAAUCGACCGGACCAACAUCGCUAGCGCAUUGACUGGAGGUUUCGCCUCGGCCAUCUCCGUCGACGAGAAUACCAUCAACCUGGGCAACCAGCUUCUGUUUCUGGGCGUCAUCCUGUUGGAGAUUCCUUCCAACAUGGCUCUACAACGGGUCGGGCCCCGUCGCUGGAUCGGUGUCCAGGUCUUCAUCUUCGGAGCCCUCGCCGCCCUUCAAAUCUUCAUCCGUAAUCGAACAGGAUUCCUCAUCACGCGGGCUCGCAUUGCGAUCUUCUUCUUCGGGAUGUUCGGGGGUGCAGCGAUUGCGCCGCUCCUGGGGGCCGCGCUGCUGAAGCUAGAUGGCCGGGGCGGGUUAGCGGGGUGGAAGUGGAUAUUUCUGGUUGAAGGUCUCUGGUCCAUCAUCAUGGCCCUCCUCCUCUUCAUAGGCCUUCCGGACCGCCCUCCCAAUCCCCCGAAAUCCAACUCACCCACAACCCGCGACAGCAACAGCGACAGCGACAGCAGCAACAGUAGUAGUCUCGACAAGCCCACCCCGAACCCACCUCCCACCUCCCCCGAGAACGAACGCAUCCCCUGGUCCCUCGUCUACAAGACCCUAACCAACACCGCCAAAUGGCCGCACUUCCUCGCCACCGGCUGCGUCUUCGCCACCUGGAGCCCGCUGACCACCUACACCCCCAGCAUCAUCAUGUCCCUGGGUUUUAAUCGGAUCACCGCCAACGCCCUCGCCGCCAUCGGCAACCUCAUCACCCUCCCGGUCAUCUUCCUCUUCGCCUGGCUGAGCGAUGCCACCCGGAAGAGGGGGUGUGCCGUCCUCCUCGCGAUCGGCAGCUACCUCGUCGCGUUGGUGGUGCUGCGCACCGUGCAGCCGCACGUGGGCCGGUGGGGGCAUGUUGGACUGUGGACGAUGGUCAACGGGUUGGCGGUCGGGUAUCACCCUGUGCAUAAUGCGUGGAUUCAGGUGAAUUGUGAUUCGGCGGGGGAGAGAAUUGUCAUGUCUGCGACCGCCGGGCUGAUGGCUGGUAGCCAGAUCUUCCGGGGAGGUGAGGCGGAUGAUUUCUAUCCGAAGGGGUUGGUCAUUAUGAUUGCGUUGGUAGCGGCGGGGUUUGUGUUGGUGGUCGUGCAGAUGGGGAUAUAUCGGUUUGGUGAUAGAAAGAAAAGUGGGCCAGUGGAGCAAGAGUGCUGGGAAUAGUGCAAAUAGCUCAACGACCUAGUCUCAUUCGCUGCGGCUUUCAGCUGUCAUGAUGACUUCAGACAAUGCGAGAGGAGAUUCCUCGGAAAUUGGCCUCGUACAAUCCUGGACGACACGGUCUAAAUGCAACCUCUGUUGGGAGUGGCCCACAUUCUCGGGCGAACAAGACGCGAGGCUCUGGCCAUCCAGGUCCCAGAUGAUGAUUUGGUCAGAUCCCCCGCAUUCUUCUGUCUAAAUGCUGGUACUUGAGUGGUCCCAGGUGCCGAUGUGGAGGACGAACGGCCG